AAAAUCAAGUGCGCCGGUGCCCACCCCAACGGUUCGCGCUCGCUCCAUACUUACACUUUCUUCUCUGUCUGAUUUUCUCUCCUUCUCCGCCAUCGUCAUGGCCAUCUCUCUGCAACUCUGCCGUGUCUCUCUCCGCACUGACCUCUUCUCCCGCGGGAACCUUGCUCCUCUUAAUCGUCCGAAGUCUCUAUCUGUUCGAUGCUCCGCCGGUGGCGAUGAGUCGGCUUCUGGUUCUGUUUCCGUGGAAUCCGAUUUUGAUGCUAAAGUUUUUAGGCAUAACUUGACGCGAAGCAAGAAUUAUAAUCGGAGAGGUUUUGGACAUAAGGAAGAGACUCUCGAGCUCAUGAGUCAAGAGUACACCAGUGAUAUCAUAAAGACUUUGAAGGAAAAUGGGUAUCAGUACACAUGGGGAAAUGUUACCGUUAAAUUGGCAGAAGCUUAUGGGUUUUGCUGGGGCGUUGAGCGGGCUGUCCAGAUUGCUUAUGAAGCGAGGAAACAGUUUCCUGAUGAGAAGAUUUGGCUUACCAAUGAGAUUAUUCACAACCCAACUGUUAAUAAGCGUUUAGAAGAGAUGAAUGUUCAAAAUAUUCCUGUUGAAGAAGGAAAGAAACACUUUGAAGUUGUGGACAGUGGUGAUGUUGUGAUUUUGCCUGCUUUUGGGGCUGCUGUGGAGGAGAUGUUAACUUUGAGCAACAAAAAUGUGCAAAUUGUUGAUACAACUUGUCCUUGGGUGUCCAAGGUUUGGAAUACUGUUGAGAAGCACAAGAAGGGAGACUACACUUCAAUCAUUCAUGGUAAAUAUUCUCAUGAGGAAACAGUAGCUACUGCCUCUUUUGCCGGGAAACAUAUCAUUGUGAAGGAUAUGAAAGAGGCAAUGUAUGUGUGUGAUUACAUUCUUGGUGGUCAACUUAAUGGAUCUAGCUCAACAAAAGAGGCAUUUCUAGAGAAAUUUAAAUAUGCAGUUUCUGAGGGAUUUGAUCCAGAUGUUGAUCUGGUUAGGGUCGGCAUUGCAAAUCAAACUACAAUGCUUAAGGGAGAAACGGAAGAUAUUGGAAAAUUGGUGGAGAAGACUCUGAUGCGUAGAUAUGGAGUGGAAAAUGUCAAUGACCACUUUAUUAGCUUUAACACCAUUUGUGAUGCUACUCAAGAGCGGCAAGAUGCUAUGUUUAAGUUGGUGGAGGAGAAAGUGGAUCUUAUUUUAGUAAUUGGUGGAUGGAACUCAAGCAACACCUCACACCUCCAAGAAAUUGCAGAGCUCCGUGGAAUUCCUUCAUAUUGGAUUGACACUGAACAGAGGAUUGGUCCAGGAAACAAAAUAGCUUAUAAGUUGAAUCAUGGGGAGUUGGUUGAGAAAGAUAACUUUCUACCAGAAGGUCCCAUUACAAUCGGUGUAACAUCUGGUGCCUCUACUCCUGAUAAGGUUGUUGAAGAUGCCCUUGUCAGAGUGUUCAAUAUCAAACGUGAAGAAGCCUUGCAGGUAGCAUAAAUGUAGCUUGUAGCGCAUCAUAAAAAUGGCAGUUAGACGAUAAACUGAGUAUAUCAUUAGCAAGAAAGGCUGUGCAACAUCCUUGAUAUACCAUUUCAUGUAUUCAAUUUCAUAAUGUUGGUUAUAUAGAGUGUGGUUUUAAGAGCUGCAAUUAGUGGUUGGAUAAUCUGACUGGAAAAAACUCUUGGGUCCACACAAGCAAGCAGCCUAUUUCACUCAGAUUUCAGAAUAAGAGAAAACUUAAGUGCUAAGAGAACCUUCUACCAUUUUUUUUUCCCUUGCAAUUUUUUUUGCUUUAGGCUUGGCUAUGUUGCUCCACUUAUGACAUUGCCGUGCCAUCGGUUGCAUCUGGUACAAUGUUAACCUGUGGACAUGUAAAGGAUAUAAUAAGUGUUGUAUUAUGAAAUUCAUAUUAAAUACCAUUAGUGUUAUCAUAUGAACUUCUGAAUUA